AUGGCAGAAGACGAAAUGGAGCGUUUGGUCAAUCGCUUGGACGAGCUUGAGAAAAAGUCCAAUGCAGAGAUUAGCAAUUUGAAAGAAAACCUCAAGCAGGCACAAGAAAAGAAUGAAGCCUCCGAGUUGAAACUGGGAGAACUAGAACAACGUGUUGCGCAGCAAUCGCAGGACGACCAAACAUUCUUGCUUAGUUCAAACAGUAACAGCUCGCAAGCAAAUCGUGGCACUUCGUGGCAUGUAAUUGGCAACAAUGACCAAGCGUCUUCGAAUGCUUUCAAGCAGCCGCAAUUCACGCUGCCCACUGACCUCUGUUCCGUGUUUUGUGCCACAUCAUGGAAAGGCUUUCCUUUUUGGCUAUCCGCAUUGAUCAUUGCUGGUCUCCAAGUCUCAUUGUUUGUGUUGCUACUCAUUGAUCGUGUUGGUUCCAAACGUUGGGUAGGAUUUGGUGCAGAAUGCGAUGAAAGCGACGGUAACGACAUCUAUUGUCGACAUGAACGCCCGCUUGGUAUGCCCACAAAUGUGGAACCCUUGGUACGAGCAGCACAGGCUUUAUGUCUCGUGUUUGCGCUGUAUGAUCAGCAGGGCGUCUUCGAUGGACUUGAAGGAUUCUUUGCUGGUAUGCCAGUGGACUACAAGGGCAGCACCAAUUUUCGGAAUAUGACUCUCGGUCAGUGGAACUUGAGUUUCUUCUUGCGAUUUCUACAAGGCUUUCUGGGUGUACUCUGCGCAUUUGUGUUGCUCGUACAAGCCGAGACAGUUUUCGACGUUCUGCUCAAUUUCCUUGGCGUGAAAUUCAUUUCAGAAAUGGACAAGGUGGCAUUUCAUAUUGGUCUCAAAGGGUACUUUGGCACUGCCAUGCAGGAAGCGGCGGAGGAUGUGGCCGGAACGUACUUUCGCCGCGAAGAAGAUACCCGUCCAUGGGGGGCUCGUAACAUUCAUGUGAUCAUUAUGAUGGGCAUGUUGGCAGUGUUGAUUGCUUGGUUCGCCCACCUUGCAAUUCUGCAGACAAGUGGUACCUAUUUGGUUCGACACUUCCACGUGGACUUUGGAAAGGAUCCUCUUCUUUCCUUGUUCAAUGGAUGUUAUUCAGCAUCGGACGAUGGGCUGCUCAACAGCCGAUUGUCGUAUUCUCAGAUUGGAACUGAGGCCAAGUUUGGAUUUUGCAAAAAAACAGACAAGAGCGAGAAUGGAGGAUGGACUCUGUAUUUUGGAUCCUCGCCCUGUCCUUCUGAUUUUAAUUACAACGAGGUCUUGGCCAUAUCUGAACCGACCGAGUCCUUCGACUUGCCCUUAGUGGAUCCCACCAAAUGGUCCAGACAAGAUGGUUACAAUCGUUUGAAACCAGUUGAAGUGGUGCACAUUGACGACUAUCGAACGGAAUGCUAUGACUCUGCCGUUGCUCGAGAGGAGCCAGACUUUGACUCCAAAUGCCUCGUUUUCAAUGCCACUUACGAAAGUCGCCAGAAAACCUUUGAAAUGUUGGUGACUGAACCGAGUGCGGAAUAUCCUUGUCGAGACCCCACAACCUGUCGGCCCAUUUAUGUUAGCAAACCGGAUGGUCCUGCUUAUUCUAGCGAUGUCGACAUCAUUUAUUAUACUGGCCAAUUCUGGGCAAACUCUCGAGCGACACGGGACUUAGAAAUUGAAUAUAGUGGGGAAGACGUGACGAAAGAUGAUAUUCGCAACUUCUUUUACAAAGGAGAUGGCUUCAAGAUUGUGACUAAUUCCAAAUACAGAACCACAAGGUACAUUACCCUCCCAGACGGUGGGUUUCGGUCACCUAUCUAUCUAGAUUGGUAUGAGCCGGAGCAUCAAUACAUUACCUACUACAAUAGCGAGUCGGAGUAUCUUUUUUACUACCUCCCUUACGCAAAUCUAGAGAAAGAAGCCGAUUUGAAGUUCGAGUGCGUGGGUGAUUACACAGAUGCGAAAAGACGAUGCUUCGAGAACGAAUUUUCGUUCGGUGAUGCUACGUGCCUAUGUAAUGAACCCAUUCCAGAUGCUUUUGAUCUAUCAACUCCUCGGGGCAUGGCAGUUCAAGAUAUCAAGAACGACCGCCGUGCAAUUGAAAUGUGCGCGGAAUUUGCAGCUGAUGACAGUAGUUUGGUGGUGAGAGGUCUGAUUCAGGAGAGAUACGCCCUCGCCGUGGUGAAGAAUACUUUUGGUAUUGAGUCGCAGGGAUGGGACGGAAACAGCUGCACAUCUUGGUUGGGAGACACGGUCGAGCUGAAGUGCGAUAACCAGACUAGUGUACAACAAUUGAUCUUUUUGGACUCGGACACAGUAAAACAUUCAGGUACAAUACCACCUGAAAUGCAAUUGCUGUCCAAUCUGGAACACUUGGAUUUGGGUCAGAACGCCAUUCGCGGUCAUAUUCCAGAACAAAUUGGUUUUCUUGGAGCAUUAACCUACCUCGAUUUAUUCGAUUGUAGUCUUACUGGAGUCAUCCCUGGUGGGCUUGGAUAUCUCUACAACUUAAAAUCUUUGUACUUGUCUGAGAACAAACUUUCUGGUCAAAUCCCAAAUUUUGGACAUCUGGAAAACCUUGAGGUCCUUUCCAUGUACAACAAUUCGUUAUCUGGGACAAUUCCGGCCGAGAUGGAAGCCAAUGUGAACCUCACUUGUUUUGCCCAAGGAAACUCCAUCACUGGUACAUCGAAGGUUUGCCAGCUCUAA